AUGUCAGGCUUCGUUUCCUCACCCACCGCCCUGCACCCCGCCCUCAGUAAUCCGCUCCCGCCGCCGCCGCCGCCGCCGCCUCUGUCUCUUCUUCACUCUUCUUCGGAGGCAGUUAAAACCUCGCUCUCCGACCGGCCCAAAAGCUCUAAUGCCGCUCAGGGCUCCAACCAGCGUCAGCGUCCAUCCACCUCUUCUUCCGAGUCCGCCUCUACUUUCCUCAGCCAGUCUCUGCCUCGCAAUGCCGGUUCUCUAGCAGAGUCUUCCUUCCCAACCGAGCUCGUCCAACGCGGCAACGCCGCAGACGCUGCAACUGAGAACCCGUCCUCUUCAACAACUACUUCUACUGCUGCCGCAUUUCCCGAGCUGCCUCCUCCGUCGCGGUCCUCGCCUGCGCAUCACGGCCACCCUUCCAAGGGCCAUCGCCGUAACGCCCCUUCACACGAGGUUCCCCGCCAGACUAUUAUGAAAGCGUUGGCUUCCGUUGUCCGCAGGAACAAACCCGAGGCCCUUUCUCUCACAGGCAUGCUGUCCGCACAGGGUGGAGUUGAUAACCGACCCGCCACAUCUUCGUCUCAGAAGCUUGCCGACGCCCUCAACGAGCUCGCCAACCGCAACAUGACUCCCACCACCGCUCUGCCUUCUUUACAGUCUCCGUGUUUCUACCACAACCGCUUCGACGAUGCCGUCAACAUCGACAAAGUACUCGAGGAGAUCAAGAACGACGACUGCAUGUCUCACUCCAGACUUGUCCAGACCGCCACCGGCGUCCGGGAGGUCUCCAAGCAGCUUCAACGUCGCCCAAUCAAGCGUGCUGUCCGCAACGUCAUGAUUGUCACAAAGGCUCGCGACAACCAACUUGUCUACCUCACAAGAGAGCUUGCUUCUUGGCUGCUGCGCACUCCUAGGUACGGUUCCGAUGUCGGCGUCAACGUCUACGUCGAUGCCAAGCUGCGCAACUCUCGUCGCUUUGACGCCAGCGGCCUCGUCGCCGAGAACCCUGCUUUCCAGGACAUGCUCCGCUACUGGACUCCCGACCUCUGCUGGAGCCAGCCCGAGAAGUUCGACCUGGUCCUUACUCUUGGCGGUGACGGCACCGUUCUCUUCACUUCCUGGCUGUUCCAGCGCAUCGUUCCUCCCGUCUUGUCCUUCAGCUUGGGCAGUCUCGGCUUCCUCACCAGCUUUGAGUUCGAGAAGUACAAGCAGCAUCUGGACCGCAUCAUGGGAGAGGACGGCAUGCGUGUUAAUCUGCGCAUGCGCUUCACCUGCACCGUCUACCGGGAUGGCGCACGAGGCGAGGAAGCUGAGGAGGGCGAGCAGUUCGAGGUCCUCAACGAGCUGGUCAUCGACCGCGGCCCGUCCCCCUACGUCUCCAAUUUGGAGCUCUAUGGCGACGAUGAGCUUCUCACCGUUGUUCAGGCUGACGGCUGCAUAUUCUCGACCCCGACCGGCUCGACUGCCUACUCAUUGUCCGCUGGGGGAUCGCUGGUCCAUCCCGACAUCCCCGCGAUCCUCCUGACACCCAUCUGUCCUCACACGCUAUCCUUCCGCCCCAUGGUGCUAUCCGAUACCAUGCUGCUCCGCGUGUCCGUCCCGCGCAACUCACGUGCUACGGCUUACUGCGCUUUUGACGGCAAGGGCAGAGUUGAGCUCAAGCAAGGUGACUACGUUACUAUAACGGCGUCACAGUACCCCUUCCCAACCGUCGUGCGCACCCAAACCGAAUGGUUCGACAGCGUUUCCCGCACUCUUCGCUGGAACACCCGCGCCGCCACCCAGAAGGGUUUCGAUUCUUCAGCCAAUAGCCUUUGCCCCUCCGAAGACGGCAAGGACGACGAGCCUGAGUGGGAUAUCGACACUGACUCGGCCUGCUACGCCAGCGAAGAUGGUAGCAUCAGUGCGAGUCCAUUGAGGAGACAGAUGAGCCUGUUGGGCAUGUGA